AUGAGCAAUACACCACGACGCCAGAUUGUCCUGUGUUUCGAUGGCACAGGAAACACAUUCCGUGCUGAUGGCACGGAAACGAAUAUCCUCAAGAUUUGUCGAAUGUUGGAAAAAUCAGAUGAGCAAUCGGGCAUUGGCACCGAGAUAACGCCAGGCUCACUCGCAGCCAUGACGCUGAAGAAGAGCAGCCGCCUGGGGAGGAGCAAAACACUGAGCCAGGCGCUGGGAAAGUCAUUUGACCAGCACGUCCUCGGCGGCUACCGGUUCCUCAUGCGUCACUACCGAACCGGGGCCGAGAUCUACAUUUUUGGCUUCUCUCGCGGCGCCUAUACAGCUCUUUUCUUGGCCAACAUGCUGGAUUACGCCGGCCUGCUGGGUCCGGACAACGAAGAAAUGAUCCCUUUUAUCUGGGAAGCCUUUUCGAAAUUCAAGCUGAGAGCAUAUGCGGAAAGUGAUCAGCACAAAAAAGCGUUUGAGUUUCUCAAUCACUGCCGGAAAACACUAUGCCGCCCGGUUGUCCGGGCUCGCUUCGUGGGCUUGUUUGAUACCGUCAACAGCAUUGCAGACUUUGAGGUCUUUAACAAUAUGAGCUCCUCGGCCGUGAAAACGCGCCAUGCGGUGAGUAUCGACGAACGCAGAUCCAAAUUUGAACCUGUUCUGUUGCGCCCUAGAAAUGCAGGCGAGCCUCGAGUGGUCCGUCACCACCCGCACACGAAGGCUUCCCCUCCCCAAGAGUCUCCGGGAGAGGCCUCAAAUUCAUUGGACCAUCCUGCUGCAGCUCCUGUCACCGAUGCGGCUGAGGACGAGGAUGAGGAUGAACUUUGUGAUAUGCAAGAGGUGUGGUUCCCCGGCGGCCAUGCAGACAUCGGCGGGGGAUAUCAGCGCGAGCCAACAGAGAAGAAAUACCAGCUCAGCCAUGCACCGCUGGUCUGGAUGGUCCACGAGGCAUCUCGGUGCGGACUUCGGUUCGAUCCGCACAAGCUCCGAGUGGAGGGGUGCUUCCUCGAUCCGGAAUCGCCCGAUGCGUUCUAUAAGGACCUUGAUGAAUCUAUCACGACAGGCCAGCUGCAUGAUCGUCUUGAGUUCGGUCCUGGGAUGUCUGUCCCCUCCGUGCUGGCGUGGCGGAUCAUGGAGUAUCUGCCAAUCCGCCGGGCCGAGAGACAGCUCAAUGGGAAGUGGAAGCCCAUCCACUGGCCGCUGCAUCGCGGGAGAUUUCGGGAGAUGGGGCCUGAUGAUGUGAUCCAUGCCUCUGCUUUCCGUCGGAUGGAGGCAAAUCCCGAUUAUCGUCCGGUCAGACUCAUAGCUAGAGGUUGGAAGAAUCUUCGAAAAACCCCUGCCGAACUUGGGCGCGGCGAAUUUGUGAUCUAUGAGAACGAGGGGGAUCCAGUGCGACAGACAUAUGUCAGAAAAAAGCCUCCAGUGCCGGGCAAGACAGAAUAAUGCCGUUCUUUUCUGGAUGGCGAC